AUGUCGUCUAUCCAAGGCCGCAAGCGCUCAAGAUUGGCUUGUGAGACUUGCCGGGAGCUGAAGCGGAAAUGCGACGGCAACUCUCCAUGUGGAGCCUGCGUCCGCUUCGAGUAUGACUGCAGCUAUAAAACGACCACUGCAAACAAAAGGCGGAAGAAUCUUGAAAAUGAGCAGGCAACGGUUCUUCCGUCACCUCCAGUUCAUACGGAUAAGGAUUCCAGGCCCUCGCGGAGCGAUCAUGUUACGUCGCCUCGCCACCUUCAGUCACUAGAAGCCAACUCUGGGGCAGCGUUUCUGAGGAGGUUGGCGUUGAGGCUGGAUCCCAAGAAUGCACCACGGAUGCACACAUUCUCAUGGAAUGCCUUCCUCGGCGCACGAAGAACAGCGCAGGUUCCUGUUGCAAGACCAAUCACAGACUUGCUAUCCCAGCAGGAGAUGGAGGGUUUAAAUGCUAUCUACCUCGAAAAGGUGGGCCAGAUCUAUGGCUUUAUUGAUCGUGAUGACAUCUCGUGCAUCAUACAAGAAAGGUGGACUGGUCUCGCAUACGAUCAGUCUCAGGAAGCCGUUCUCUGCGGCAUAGCGGCUCUCGCAUGCUUGUUCUCACAAGUCGAGCCUCUCCCAGUGGAACUAGACCUGGUAGAAUCAGCCAAAGUCAUACUCGAGCAGAAAAUGUCCGACAACCCAACAUCCACCACUAUCACAGGAUGGCUUCUUCGAGUAGUAUACCUACGAACUGUCGGGACAUCUCACGCCGCGUGGAUGGCUAGUUCGAUCCUCAUGCACAUGCUGGAAGCAGCUGGUUUGCAUUGUGAGCCUUCAGAUGAAACCGUGCUUCCUAUGACGGAGGAAAAGGUCGAUUCAGAGCUUCGGAGGAGACUCUUUGCUGUUUCGGAACAUCUGAACAUUUGGAUUUCAUUUGAUAUGGGCCGAUCGAGAACCAUUCUAUGGAAUUCGACUUUGAAGAUCCCGGCUGCAAGAGAAGGAGACCAUACUGCUGAGCUCAUGGAACUGCUCCCCUACUCGACCGACCUUGACCCAAACAAAACACAAAACGUCGCCGAGCUUGAGGCCUCGCUGUCGGCGGUGUUGAACCGGGUCCAUUCCGUUCCACCCUCGACUCUCGCACAAUGCAACCUAGCUUUAUGUCUUUGCCGCCGACUACAGUCCCUCAACACCUCCUUCUCAGGCAAGAUCCUCGAUCAAAUCUUAUCCAUCACUCUAAAAGGCAUCGAAGCCGCCCAAGCUAUCCUUGACGCUCGAUCCCCGUGGCACCACAUGGCCAACGUUCCAUUCCAGAUAAUCUGCGUUCUGCUAGCCAUCGACACAACUGAAUCAAUAGCUCAGCUCGAAGAUGCAAUGCGGUGUCUCAGCAAUGUUGCGACCGUAUAUAACACCAACGCAACCAAAGAGGCGCUUAACACAGCUUCUUUGCUCAUUUUAAUGAAGCAACGACGAAAGCAAAAGUGUGCAUCGAAUUUGAAUGAUGUUCUCAAGAAAUACCCCAUACUGCCUCCUUCAGAAGUUCAAGAUGAGACUCCUUUGCAAGAGAUGGAUGAUAUGAGGUGGUUGAAUAACCUAGCUGGGGAUCUAUCAAGUUUCGACUACUCUGAUCUGGACCGAUUUCUUUUCCCAAACUUGCUCUAA